UCUCUCUUCUUUUUCAAAUAGUGACAACUUUCUUUCAUAGCCAGAAGAAACAUUUGCCAUCUUCUCAUUCUUUUCUUCUCAAUCAUCUAGUUGGGAAGAAAAAGGACUUCAACAUAUUUGCAUCAUCAAAAGGCAUCAACAAUCAUUGUAUGGCAACAAGAAGAAGAGAUGCUCUCCCUGGCAAGGAGAAGGCAACACCUUCUCCAAAAACAGGAGCAGCAAGGCUUAGAGAAGUUGUAAAUCAAAUCUCCCCCAAACCAAAAGUUUCAACUGCACCACAAAAACAGACUAGGCCGGCAGCGUCGAGAGCCCCAGCUUCUACCGGUGUUUCCAAGGCUGUUACAGGUGUUACCAAGUCUACUACCAGUGUUUCCAAGGCUGUUACAGGUGUUACCAAGUCUGCUACCAGUGUUUCCAAGGCUGUUACAGGUGUUUCCAAGGCUACUACCAGUGUUUCCAAGGCUCAGACGAGGAAACCACCCUCCCCAGCUACUCCAAGCAAGCCUGCACAGACCAGAACACGGUCCUUGGACAGCAAGACAGCGACUCCUACACAUAAGACGCGCAUCCCAACUGCUGUUGCUGCAGCUGCCGCUGCUGCUACUGGUGCUGCCCGUCGUGCCUCCUCGCUGCUAGUCAAGGCAGUGGUUUCCCCUAAGGUGGUGGGUGCUACUGCUAAGAAAUGGAAACCGGUGGAGAAGGAAGAAGGAAAGCGUCGCCUCUCCACCAGUUCGUCUGUGGGCAGUGGGAGAAGAAGCAGCAUCGGCUCGAAGAAGGAGAGUGGGUGUAGUGCUCCAGUAACAAAGGAACAAAGUGUCAAUCCUGACAGAAAUGAAGAUCUAAGCAUUUGCAAUCUUCCUGAACCUGAAAUGCAGCUCCAAGAUAUCGAAUACGCUUACCUCAAUGAAGCUGAUGGCAUCGAUGAUUUAGUAAGAGAAGAUCCAACGGUACCUGCCAAUAACAAGACAAUUGAAGACAAUUCUCGUGUAGAGGCUAAAGAGAAAGAGGUCAAAGUAGCACCAGAGGAGCAAGCAGCAGUUGCAGUUGAGUAUAAGGAAACCGAGCCAGCAGUUGAAAAGAAGCAAGAAAACUCAGUUACUCAGAGGCAGCAAGAGAAAACACAUGGGAAGUAUGACUCACCAGUUUCCAACGAUGUAAUCGAGGAGACAGCAAACAAGCUUCGUGAGAAUAAGACAAACAAAGUGAGGGCGCUUGCUGGAGCGUUUGAAACUGUCAUCUCGUUGCAGGAGAAAUGACAAACCACUCAAGGAUGAUUGACAUAUACUGAUGCAAGUGGAACAUAAUGUGUAUGCUGACCGUUGCUUUUUUUCAUUUGAUCUUUAUCUUUUA